AUGGCGCAGCCGAGUGAGGUGGGAGAUGGCGGGCUACCGACCGCAGCUGCUCCACCUCGAUCAAGUUUCAAGGACGCGAACAAGUCCGACAAGAACGAAGAAGAGCCUGCAACUGCGACAAGAGAGUCGAAAGCAGCACCAGUUCGCAACCCAUACCUCCAAGCUCCAACUGCUGAAGCUAUUCGCCGAUACCAGAAACGCGCGACGAAGAGCGGCGGCGUCAUCGUGGACGGAACCUAUUGGCCACACCAUCCCAAAUCCUCUGUAGAAAAGCUGAGGAAGAGCUUCACCGAUGAUGGCAUCCUCCACCCAGAGAAGUUGACAACUUGGGACCAGUAUCUUUGCAAAGAUUCAUCGGACUCGUCAUUGAAUCCCUACCAUCCAUCGUACGAUCCCAUCCCAGCAAAAUACUAUCCGGAAAUUUUGAAAAGCGCUGCCAAAGGCGGUGGUAUCUUCGUGGACAAGGACGAAAAGAAAGGCUUUAUCGAGGGAUGGAACCUUACCCAGCUGCGGUCGAAUCACGAACAUCUGAUGGAGGAGCUUGAAACGAGGAACAUAGAUUUCAAUCUUCUCAGACAUCGAUGGUUAGCCGCAGAAGAAAGAAUGAAGGCUCUGGAAGGAAGACACCAAAGCACGCUCCAGAAGUAUGAGCGCGAGAAGACUGCGCUCAAAGUCCGGGUCAUGGAGUUGGGGGGAUGGCCAGGAAUGAUCAACGAAAGCGAACAGGAAGAGACGGAACUUGGUGCAAGCGCAGACGUGGAGUUGCCACUCGACAACAAGGAAACCACGCAGACCAGCAAGGGCCAAUCUGAUGAACAGGAAGUCAUUGCCCAGCCUGCGGAAGAUCAGGGCGAUGAUGACGGAAAGCCCAAGGAUACUAUUGCUGAAGUUGCGCUGGUAUCAACUGUCUCUCAAGAUUCGAAGAAAGCCGUUGCGCUGUCUCUUCCGAACGAUGAGCGGAAGUCAACGAAGAAGAGCGAAGGACCCACGAACACGACCGCCGCUCCUCAGAGGAAAGACGUGCAGGCAGAUCAAGCUGCUGAGAAAGUGAAGAUGAUGCAAGAUUGGAAACAGGAGUUCAACAAAGCCGCCAGGAAUCAGCUUGCCGGGAGCGUGAAGAACACCAUGUUUGAUAUUGAAGCAACGCUUGGCGUAGCUCAGCAUCAUCUUCUCCUCAUACCAUAUCGCCGACUUCCAAUGGCAAUGAAGCUGGAUGGUACAACAUUCGACCCGAAUCCGACUGGAACUUUAGGCCCUGAAGAGGUUGCAAAGGUUUUGGAAAGCAUCGGAAGCGAGGCCUGUCAAGCCUUGCAGAGAGUGGUGGCAGAGAUUGCAGGUAUGACCUGCUCUCCUUACGACAUUCCUGCAAAGCUCAUCAGCGCUGCAAUGUCAAGGCAAGACGGCACAACCUAUUCGGAGAAGAUCCGACUGCAAUACCGCGAGGAAUACGAAGCGGAUCCAGAAAUGAAAUUGAUGUUGUCGGAAGUUGGCCGCCUUGCUGAUCACAUCGGUAUGAUCUGGCCUGAGUGUGCGAAGGAUAUGGCAGACGUCGAUGCCAGUGCCUGGGGCGCAAUGAGCAGAAAGCUCGCUCAUUAUUGCGAAGCGUCUCAUGGCUCAGGGUGGAUUGUCCUCUGUUCUGGAGACGUGGGCAAUUGCGGUGAUUGCAACCACCAGGACUGGAAGAGUGUCGACAUCUACUUACCGCCCGGUACUCGAGUCUAUAUCCUCAGAAUAGGCUGGGGUAUCAACGAAGAUGGCUUGAUUUGCAAGAUGGAUAAAACGCUGAACCCAACAACACAGCCCAAUCAUCUCGGUUUUCCUAAUAUCGUCAUACAAGGAGAUACAUCGGUCUGGUCGCUGGGAAGUACCUUUACUCGAGCUCGCCGAUCAGUGCCACUUCAUAUUCAGAAGGCUGUUGCGAGUGGGAAGAUUGGUGAAAUGGCUAAGAAGAGUAAGGCGACAGAUCCGGUCCGGUACCUCAGGAAGAACGAAAAGGGACAAGCCAUUCUCAAACCAAAUUUCACGGAUGGAACACGAAAACUUGAGAACGGCGGAAGGCUCCCUGGUGUGAUCAAGAAUUUUGACAAAGACUUCGGAAACAUUGAGGAAUUCCACCAGAACCGGAUCCGCCACUUGUGGGAUACCAGCGACAUCAAAGGCUACUUUGACAGUACGGUGGUCAAGAUGAUAAAGAAGAUCGACGAGUACGAAAAUUCAGGUAUUUUGAAGAAGCAGCAGUUCGACAUACAGAAAGAUUGGUUCACUCGAGCCGAUGUUGAAGAAUUUCAUCGAUCAGGGUGUCUAGAAAACUUGUUACUCGAUGUAGCUCGGAAAACAGCACCAGAGAACUCAGCUUCCGCGGUCAAGGGCCGCAAACCCAAAGCUGAACGCCUGACCUCAAGCAGCUUACAUGAGCUGUCAGAGGACCCAAUCGUCCGCCAGCCAGCUAGGAAACGCAAGGCUGCGCCUACCACCCCUGCUCCAUCCCGCUCGAAGAAGAUCAAGCAAGGAAACGAGAAACAGAAUGGCCAACAGGAACUCGCAGCAGACUCUGAUGCUGAUGGAGGAGAAGAAGAAGGAGCCAAAGAUGAUAUGGCUGAACCGGUAGAAUUCCAAGAUCUUUUUGCUGAGGCAGAAGAAGAAGGAGCCAAAGAUGAUAUGGCUGAACCGGUAGAAUUCCAAGAUCUUUUUGCUGAGGCAGAAGAAGUCGAGGAGUAUAUUCCUUAUGGGGGUCGGAAGAAGUUGCGAUACGUUGAGAACAACAACAUAGAGUUGAAUAUGUGA